AUGAUGCUGAAGCGAUCGGGAGGAAGUGGUGGUCGCUCGGGGCCAGGUCCGGACUGUACGCUGGGUGCGGCGAACGUUGUCGAGCAUCGGGUGCUUCUUGCGGACCUUGUUGGCCGGGCUUUGCAAUUGAGCGCAGUAGACCUCGGCACUAACUGUCGUGUUAUUCGGCAGCAGUUCGAAACGGUAGAUUCCAUGAACUGCCCACUACACGCCCAGCAUGACCUUCUUCUCAUGGAUUUCACCUUUCACGGAAGGAUCCGGCAUUUCAUCGCCAGCGCACCACGCACUUCUGUGGGUGUGGGUGACGUAGAGGACCCAUUUUUCAUCUCCAGUGACAAUGGUGUCCCGCCAGUCGAACCUGUGGCUUUUGGAGAACAGCUGAGCGCAGAUGUCCGGGCAUCUUUGGCGGUUGCCGUCGCUCAAUGUAUGUGGGAACCACUGACCGAGCUUUUUCACCAUUCCGAAAGAUCGCAGUCAAUUGCUCACGGUGGACAGCGAACAGCCAAGACUGGGAGCAAAAUGGAAAAAUCAUAUGGAUGCUACCACACCAGAUUCUUCAGUUCGUCGAACGAUAUUGCAGAGACCAGAGAGAGGCUCAUCUUCGAGUCUCUUUGGAGCUUUGAAGUGCUGAAACCAGGCGCAUAG